AUGAGGCAGCGAGGAAAGCGUGCGCCGCCAACUCUGGCCUUCAGCAGUGACGAGGCUGAGCUUGUUGAUGUGGAAGGUCUCGUUGAUGUGGAGGCUGCCGCAUCUGACUCUGAGACUGAGUCCACUCUGAAGCCAACACCUGCAUUCUCAUCCCACCAGCCAUCGCCGGUGCCGUCGCCCGAGGCAUCAACAGUGGCCUCUCCCGAGCCUUUGCCCGCCGCACUGCGCAAGUCCGCUCCAGGGACACCUGCCAAGCCUGCGCCUGCGCCUGCCCUGGGAGGGCAGAUGUCUGCUUCUCCCUCUAUCCAGGAUGUUGCAACUCUUCGCAAACGCACCCGCAGUCCCUCGGAGAUGGAGACUCCUCUCCUCAAGAGGCUUGCCCGGUCUAUCCCAGAGACAGAGACCCGGACGCGCGUGCGCGAGACCCGCGCUUUUCAGAAGUCCGGCACCGCUGCUGCAACUGCCCACAAUGGCGUAACCAUGUCUGUCCCUGCCUCCAAGACCGCCGCAGCCACGAAGUCUGCCACCAAGACUGAUACCAAGACCCCCGCAUCUCCCAAGAGCCGGGCAUACAUAAACCCUUGGCUCAAGUCUCCUCUUGAUGAUGUGCGUGUUUGGGCCCGCGAUGGGGAUUACACCGUUGCUCGUCAGGCCUACCGCGCCAUUCCUGGCAUGCUUGAUCGUUUAAAUCAUGAUCGUCUCAAACUGAGGAGCUUCCUGAUCCGCCAUGGCCAGCUGGACACUCCUGUCCCUUCUGAGCAUGAAGAGGAUGAGGAUGAUGAUUCGAGCGACCCCUUCCUCUCCGACUGA